GUGGAAGACAGACGAAAUGGCUAUCCCCGACUUGCGGCUUUCAUCAACAGCGACCUUGACUUUGUUGUUUUCCGUCGUUUCGGACACUUGCACGUGCGCUACCUCCUAUAUCUACAGGAUGAGAUUGCGGAGAUGGAGCAACAACUUCAUACCCUCGAUAGAAUAGAACCCUGUUCAUUUUAUCUCAACACUCGACGCCGUGAUCGAAAUCAGGAACGCGGUAGGAUACUGAAAACAUUGGGUGAAAAACUCUUUGACUACGAUAAGCUCUUGGAAAUGUACUACAAGCAUGUCGAGCGUGGUCCCUCACACCCAAAGAAUGUCCAAAGCGUGGCGAACUGGAUGCAAGGCAACAAGCCUCUAAUACCCGAGGAAUCGACAUUUCUCAACUCAUGGGAUGAUCUCGUAUCUCCAUCGGAGCGUGCUGACCACGGCGGCUUGAAUGUGCUCCUCAAGCAGCUCUCACACAGGACGCAUACAUCCGUAUCUCGCGAUCCUCACGUCAUCACCGUUGACAUGUCUCUCAUAAUGUCUAUUGCACGAGCGCUGACUACCCUUCUGGCUGUCAUGAUCUUGACUAUUCCGAUAUCAGUUUUGUACAAUGUAAAGAGUAUGACUUCUAGACUUUGUAUCAUCGGGGUCUCGACAGGUACUUUCUCGUCAUGCCUCUGUGUCUUGACUCACUCUCGACACGCCGAGAUAUUUUCGGCGACGGCCGCAUACUGUGCAGUGCUAGUUGUUUUUGUUAGUAAUAUCGAAUAG